AUAAUAAUAAUAUAUGCUUUUCUAUUGGUUUUGUCAGUAGAGUUUUCUGUGGCGCUGCAGGUGGCCCGCCAUGACGUCGGAGGGACGCUGCUGGGAAACUCUAAGGGCGCUGCGCAAUUCCAGCAAAGGCCGCCUGCCUUACCACCGCGAGUGGCUGGUGCACUACGAGGAUGUUUUGGAAGAAUGCACAUCUCUCCCAAAACUAUCUUCUUACUCUGGAUGGGUGGUAGAUCACAUCCUACCCAACACCUCACCCUACAUGCAAGAGAACUCUCCUUCCUCUGAAUGUUCACCAUCCUCUGGAUCUACUUCAGGCCUGGGCCAAUCCUCACUCCUUAAGUCUCCUGUCAGAAGCACUCCAGAAUCCUCCUCACCUUCACCAAAUGGAACCAAGAUCACACAUGAGUGCCAGCGCACAGAACCUAUUGCACUUCUGUCCUCCCGAGCAAUCAAAGUGGAAGGCUGCAUCCGAAUGUACGAAUUGGCGCACAGAAUGAGAGGAACAGAGGGCCUGAGGCAGAGGCAGGAGGAGCAGGAGAGGAAGGUGCGAGCCCUCUCAGAGAUGGCAUCUGAACAACUGAAGAGGUUUGAUGAGCUGAAGGAACUGAAGCUGCAUAAGGAAUUCCAGGACUUACAGGAAGUGAUGGAGAAGAGUACCAGAGAAGCCCUGGGCCACCAGGAGAAGCUAAAAGCUGAGCAUCGCCACAGAGCCAAGAUUCUCAACCUGAAGCUUCGAGAGGCAGAGCAACAGCGUGUGAAGCAGGCAGAGCAGGAGCAGCGUCGGAAGGAGGAAGGCCAAGUUCGUCUACGCAACUUGUACACCCUGCAAGAGGAGGUCCUUCAGCUUAACCAGCAGCUGGCUGCCUCCAAUCAGCACAAGGAUCUGCUGAAUGUCGAUCUGGCUGCCUUCCAGACCCAGGGCAACCAGCUGUAUAGCCUCAUCUCCGGAAUCAUUCGCACCACCUUGGAGAGUGGUUAUCCCACAGCAGAGAACCAAGCUGAGGCCGAGCGAACCUUGCAGGAAAUGCGGGACCCCCUAUCAAAUUUGGAGCAGGAGAUCACCAGAGCCUAUGAAGUCAAGAAGCAGCAGGAUGAAGAGGAGGCCCAGGUCAAGCUGCAAGAAUCACAGGUGCAGCAGGGGCCAGGGGCUCCCACCCAACCCCCUGUGCCCAGCCCAGGCCCAGCAGGAACACAGAAUGAAGACCUGCCCGUGAAGGUACAAGACAGUACGAUGCAGUGGUAUCAGCAACUUCAGGAUGCGUCUGCCAAAUGUGUGUUGGCCUUUGAGGGCCUGACCAGCAGUAAGGACAGUCAGGCCCAAAAGAUAAAGAUGGACUUGCAAAAGGCAGCCACCAUCCCCGUGAGCCAGAUCUCUACCAUUGCAGGUUCAAAGCUGAAGGAGGUCUUUGAAAAGAUCCAUAGCCUGCUCUCUGGAAAGCCUGUUGAGUCUGGUGGGCGCUCUGUGUCUGUCACUCUUAACCCACAGGGGCUGGACUUCGUCCAGUACAAACUGGCAGAGAAAUUUGUGAAACAAGGUGAGGAGGAAGUGGCCUCUCACCAUGAGGCAGCAUUCCCCAUUGCAGUGGUGGCAUCUGGUAUCUGGGAGCUCCACCCCAAAGUGGGAGACCUCAUCCUUGCUCAUCUCCACAAGAAGUGUCCCUACUCCGUUCCUUUCUACCCAGCUUUUAAGGAAGGGAUGGCUUUGGAAGACUAUCAACGGAUGCUUGGCUACCAAGUGGCAGAUUCAAAGGUAGAGCAACAGGACCACUUUCUAAAACGAAUGUCUGGGAUGAUCCGUCUGUAUGCUGCCAUCAUCCAGCUCCAGUGGCCCUAUGGAAAGCGGCAAGAGGCUCAUCCUCAUGGCUUAAAUCAUGGCUGGCGCUGGUUGGCACAGAUCUUAAACAUGGAACCUCUGCCAGACGUGACAGCCACUCUCCUGUUUGACUUCUUGGAGGUGUGUGGGAAUGCCCUCAUGAAGCAGUACCAGGUCCAGUUCUGGAAGAUGAUACUUCUCAUCAAAGAGGACUACCUCCCCAGAAUUGAAGCCAUCACAAGCUCAGGACAGAUGGGUUCUUUCAUACGUCUGAAGCAGUUCUUGGAAAAAUGUUUGCAACGCAGGGAGAUUCCUGUCCCCAAAGGCUUUCUGACCUCCUCCUUCUGGCGCUCCUGAUGUCCUCUCUCAUCAGUCAUCAUAUCGUGUUGCAGGAGGGGGAACAAUAAAGCAACUGAGACAGUGGGUUUGGAAGAAAUCAUGUCAGAUUUAGAACUUCCCCAGGGUGUGUUGGGAUCAGAAUGGCUCUGACCCCUCUAGGAUUGACCCCACCUCCCCUGUUCUGAGUGCGCUGAGGUCAGGCUG